AUGUCGUACAAGAUUUCUGCUCCGGACGAAUACCUCGCCAUCACCGGCAUGGGUAUUCGUACCGUGAGAAUCACAAAAGCUGCCUGGGUAUGGCCCUUCCAGCGAUAUACCCGCUUCAGCGUCCAGCCGCACGACUAUGCCAUGGACCUCCAGGCAAUGACAAAGGAGAAGCUCCAAUUCUCUCUCCCUGUCGUCUUCACAGUUGGACCAGAUGUAAACCACCGAGGAGCGAAUAUCAAGGGGCGCACCGCGGCAGACGUGGCUUCGCAUGACGGCGAAGAGAACGAUGAGGACGGCAGCCGAGAAGACUCAGGAGAUGCCCUUGUCAAGUAUGCUAUGCUGUUGGCUCACUCGAAAAAUGGCAAUUCUGAUGUCGCGGAUCGAAACCAUGUGGAAAACAUCGUCAAGGGCAUCAUUGAGGGCGAGACUCGUGUGCUCGUAUCCGGCAUGACCAUGGAAGAAAUCUUCACCGAGCGUGAGGUCUUCAAGCGACGCAUCUUCCGCAACAUCCAAAGCGAACUCCAGCAGUUCGGUCUCAAGAUUUACAACUCCAACGUCAAGGAGCUCAAGGAUGCGCCAAACUCCAUCUACUUCGAGUCGCUGUCACGCAAAGCCCAUGAAGGUGCCACCAACCAAGCCCGUAUCGACGUUGCCGAGGCUCAGCUCCGCGGUAACGUUGGUGAAGCCCAGAAAAAGGGCUUACAGGAUCGUGAGAUUGCAAAGAUCAAUGCCGAAACAGCGGUCCAGAAGACGGAGCGAGAUAUCGAGCGAGCUCAGGCCGAGGCUCAGUUACACACCCGCCAGGCCGCCCUUACUCGUGACGUUGAUAUCGCUCGGGUCACCGCUCAGCGCACUCUUGAAUCCAAGGAUGAAGAUCUCAAGAGAGAGGUCCAGCUCAAGCGCGCCGCUGCCGAGAUGGAACGUCUUCGUGCUCAGGAUGUCGUCAAGGCAACCAUUGUUCGCGAGUCCAAGCAGCAAGCUGCCGAUGCCGCUGCAUAUGAAACCGCCGCUCGAGCCAAGGCUGAGAAGGAAGCCAGCGAGCAAGCCACAGAUGCCGCUGCCUACCAGAUCGCCGCCCAGGCCAAGGCUAAUCAGGAGGCCAGCCAGAGAGUUGUAGAUACCGACGCGUACAAGACUCGGGCCAAGGCAGAGGCUGACAUGGACGCCAGCAAGAAGAAAGCAGAAGCAGAGGCAUUCAAGACCCGUGUCGCUGCAGAAGCAAACCAAGAGGCUAGCCAGAGAGUCGCAGACGCCGAAGCUUACAAGAUUUGUGCUGAGGCAGAGGCCGACCUUGUCCGUCAACUCAAAGCAGCUGAAGGUAUGAGCGCCAUGGCUGAAGCAUAUGGCAAGCUCUCAGUCGCUUUCGGCGGGCCGGCUGGUCUUCUCCAGUACAUGAUGAUCAAGGAUGGCACUCUGGUUGAAUUGGCCAACGCCAAUGCCAGUGCCAUUAAAGGAUUGGAGCCCAAGAUUAGCGUCUGGAACACUGGCAACCAAGGUAAUGGCUCAGAUGCCACUGACACUAUGCGCAAUGUCUACCAGAUGCUUCCACCUUUGAUGACCACUAUUAACGAGCAAACUGGGAUCACUCUGCCCGAGUGGCAGUUUGGACGACUCAACGCUGCUCAGAAUGCUAUGACGGAGACCAAGGUGAAUGGAGAUGGAAAGAAGAAAUAA